GAAACAAUAGUCUGCUAGAGCUUUAUCACAUCUUAAUCACAAGAGCGCGGUUAAUCGAACGGUGUGCAUUGGGUUGUUAGGCUUGAGUAGUGAAAACGAAUUGGUUGCAGAAUGUCCUCCUACACACAGCUGACUGACGAAACAUUUCCGGCAAGCCUUCUGAUGGAAUUCGAUAUGCUGGACGAUGAAAUUCCCAUCAGCCCACCGAGAACGCUCGAACCGGAUAAAGCGAGCACUGCUGCUACAGAAGCUCGUUCCUCCGGUGCUGCAUCACACACAUCUGCUUCCAACACAUCCAGUGGAAACUAUAGUUUCUCAACGGAAAAUGAAAACGGCAGUAGCUCAAGCGGCUCCAGUAACCCUUCUUGUAAUUAUCGUCCGACCCCCAGCAAGCGCACCACCACCGUAAAGGAUACGAAGAGAGUACCCUCUAAUGCUACAACCAAACCAGAAACUGGUCAGAAAAAAGCAAAAUCGUUGGAAAAUCUUCUAAACAAUGCACCACCGAAAAUCCAAACCAGUACUUUGAAGCGCCAGAAAUACAGUCAUGUGAAGAGCAAAGUAAAACAGUUUAUAGAUGAGACGACCAAAAAACGGGAUCGACAGCCACUCAUACGCCAUAAAUCUAUGCCUGAAGCAUGCAUGGAUUGUCCAGCUGAAGAGAUUGAUGAAAUUGACCAUGAAACUGACACGGAUAAUUUAAGAACAAUGCUAAAGGAGAAGACCAGGGAGUUAGACAGCUUAAAACGGCACCUAAACUUUUGUGAGAUGCAGAGAGAAGACAACGUUUUUACUAUUGAAGCUUUAAAAAGAAAAAUAGAAUCAAUGCGCCUGGAACAUUCCAAACGUGACCACGAACGACAACGAGAGCGCGAGAUGGAAAGAGAGCGAGAAAAACAAGCGAUCCUGAACACCUAUCUACGAUACAGUAAUCCUGCGUUGAACCGAAUAUUCGCUUCCGUUAGUACCCAAACGAGCCCUGAGGUCCAUGCGAUUUUUAACAUCAGUAGUUUCCAAUGCGACGAAAGUUUCGAAGAACCACUGGCGGACAGUUUUCCUGCCCCCAGAAGAGGCCCAUUUGCACGUACUUCACAGCACCUAGUCGAAACGGAAGAAGACAAACCGAACGAAUGUAGUGAGCACGAGCAGGCCAGUCCGGAUUCGGCCACUCAUCCGGAGGGCUCACCCGAUUACCCACCGCUGUUACCAGCACAAGGUUCUUGUCGCUUUGGUCGGAGGGUCGAAGAAAACACGAACGAUUGUACUCAAGACUAUGUCGAAGUUUGCCAGAAGUGCAUUGCCCGGAAAGAAAACAAACGAAAGAAGAAAAUCAGGCUGGCCAGUUUCUUCUGCAUUAAGAAAGUUAAAGACUAAGUACAACUCAUGCCAAUCAUUGCACUGUCUGUACCUCUUGUAACAAUUGUAUGUAUUAAUGUAUUUUUAAAGUAAAGAACUCAAACUCGGGUGUGUAAUAUUUUA